AUGGUGGCUCUUACCUUCCGCUCGCGGCUUUUGCUGGUGCUAGCUGGUUGUGUCCUCAUUUAUCUCGUCGUUCACUUCAACAAGAGACUCCCUGAUUCCUACUCUGCUGAAGAGAUCAACUCGAUGUUCCAAGAUAAGGAAUCGUCUACCGUCCAUGUCAGAAAGGUCGAGCUUAAGGAUCAGGCGCUCGCAGCCCCAUACAUUGACCAGUCGACGCUCAGGUCACCCAAUUGGAACAUGGCUGGAAACUUCUUGAUCACCAAUGACGCUGUUCGGCUUGUCUCAGACAAGCAACACCAAGCAGCUAACAUGUUCACGAAGAUGCCGAUCCAGGCCCAAUCUUUUGAGAUGGAGCUCACUUUUAACAUCCACAGCAAGAGCUCUAGGAACUUGUACGCCGAUGGCAUGGCCGUGUGGUUUAUCGAUGAGCCUAGUCCUAUUGGUGAUGUGUUUGGCGCCAGAAAUUACUUCAAUGGUUUGGGCAUCUUCUUAGACACGUAUAGAAAUGGCAAGCAAAGCUCGUUUCCUCACGUUGUGGCGAUGGUGGGUGAUGGGCGUACAAGAUAUGACAAGCUGACUGACGGCUUCGAUACUAUGUUGGCAUCUUGCAGGGCCACGAAAGCUGUGAACCCGGACUUCGGCAGUGUGCGUAUGAGAAUUAUCUACUUGAAGGGCGGGUACUUGUCUGUGGACCUCAAUUACCAGCCUGAGGAUGAAUCAAGGUGGCGCAACUGCUUUACUGUUCCUGAAGUGAAGCUUCCGGUGGUGAAGUACUUGGGUGUCAGUGCCGAGACAGGCGAGCUCUCUCACGCUGUAGAUGUCAUAGAGAACAAGGUGUUUGCAUUAUACCACCCAGAAUCUAAUGAGUUUGUCGAGUCUAUGGAGGACUUCGAGAGAAUGAUGCAGCAACAACAAGACGAAAAGGAAGAGAAAGCAGACAGCAGUCCUCAAGGAAAACGAAGGCAGAGGAGAAAGAACAAAGUGGAGAGGAAAUCUGUCAGACGACUCAAAGCUGCGGAGAAGAGAAUAAAAGAGCAAGAGCGGGCCCUUAGAAAGGAGAAGUACGGUGACCCAGAUGCCACACUACCGGUGAGAAUCAAGAGAGGGAUUGUUUCCUUCUUGAAAAUGCUCCUUUAUUUGCUUUUUAUCGUGUUAGCGAUUUGGGUGGCGUACAUAGUGCAUCGCACGAGGAAACAAACCCGUCGUUCUAAAGCAACAGGUUUAUUGGAUUAG